GUGUUCAAGUACUGUGUUGUCGCGAGAAUAAACGAACUAUGAGCAAGAAUUUCGUGUAUCAAAUCAUUUUUAGAAAUCUCAGAUGUCUAUAAAGGAUUGGAAGACAUAAUAUGAAGCUCUUUGCUUUUAUAGCUUUACUUCUAUUUGGUCUAAAUGGAGUUUUUGUUGAACCGCUCAGGCUUUUAUACUCGGAGAGACGGAACAUUCGUUUGCUGCAUGUGGAAGGAGAUCUACGUGGUCAAAACAAUUUAACUACCACAGUACUUGCAGAUAACUUACAGGAUGCUAUAGCCGUCGCAUUUCAUUAUAAAGAUCAAAUUUUAUUCUGGACUGAUGUCUCCCUCGGAAAAAUAUUACGGAAAUCUUUAAAGGGAGACGGUCGCAUUGAAACUGUCGUCUCCGUUGAUUUAGUAAGACCCGAAGGAAUUGCAAUUGAUUGGGUCACAAAGAAAAUUUAUUGGACUGACUCGCACUCGAAAUUAAUCGAAGUUGUGAAUUUGGAUGGAACGCAACGUUCUGUGCUAUUUUGGAACAACUUAGACCAACCAAGGGCGAUUGUUGUUGAUCCCAUCCAUGGGUACAUGUUUUGGUCUGAUUGGGGUGAGAAACCCAGAAUUGUGCGAGCGUCAAUGGAUGGUUUAGGCCGAAGGGAUCUGAUCACUGAGGACAUCAAGUGGCCGAAUGGUUUAGCUGUUGAUUACAAAGACCCUAGAUUAUUUUGGCUUGAUGCCCACAAGGACUUCAGUCGACUUGAAAGCUCAAAUCUUGAUGGAAAGAAUAGAAAGAAAUUAAUUGGCAGUUCUUUGCCACAUCCAUUUUCAAUUACUAUAUAUCGUGAUAGAGUAUAUUGGACAGACUGGGAGAGAAUGUCCAUUGAAUCUUGCAACAAAAAAACCGGGCAUGAAAAGUGGCUUGUUAAAGAUAAAAUAAAACAUUUAAUGGAUCUUCGAGCUUUUGAAGCUGAAAGACAACCAAGCGUACCAAACCCAUGUGCUGAGAAUAAUGGUGGUUGUAGUCACUUGUGUUUACUGGCUGCAGGUGGGAAUUAUUCCUGCGCAUGUCCAACUGGGAUUGUUCUCUUGGAUAAUAAUAAAACAUGUGAAGAUGGACCACAAAAUUUUGUGAUUGUUGCCAGAACGACGGAAUUAAGAUUGAUCUCACUAGAUACACUGGAUCACACCGCAAUAGCACUGCCUAUCCAUAAUAUGCGCCAUGUUAUUGUCAUUGAGUUUGAUCCAGUAGAGAGAUUUGUUUACUGGACUGAUCAACAGUUACAUCUCAUCAAGAGGGCUAAACUCAAUGGCUCAGAAGAACAAACCGUCGUUCAAGCAGAGGUGAAAUUCCCAGAAGGAAUUGCUGUGGACUGGAUUGGCCGUAAUCUUUACUGGAGUGACACUGGUACUGACCAUGAAGUUAGUCAUUUGAAUGGUUCUUCAAGGAGAGUCCUUGUGUCUGAAAAACUUGAUGAACCUCGAGCCAUUGUCGUCGAUCCAGGAGAAGGCUACAUGUACUGGUCAGACUGGGGAUCUCGUCCUAAACUGGAACGUGCAUGGCUCGAUGGUACUCAUCGUGAGGUCCUUGUCAAUACUUCCAUUGAGUGGCCUAAUGGUCUUGCUCUGGACUACUUGGAACGUAGAGUAUACUGGGCGGAUGCUAAACUUGAUAAAAUUGAAGUUUGUAAUUUAAAUGGUAGUGGCAGGCGUGUGGUACUGGAUACAGAUGUGCCCCAUAUUUAUGGCUUUGGUUUGAUUGGCAAGCAUCUUUACUGGACUGAUUGGCAAAGACGUAAUCUUCAGAAGAUUAAUGUUGAUAGCUCACAUAGCAAGGACAUUAUUGUCGAGUUAUUACCAGCUGUAAUGGGUCUAAAGGUUGUGGAUAUGAAACUCAAAUAUGGAGGUAAUGAUUGCCAGAAGAAUAAUGGAAAUUGUUCUCAUUUGUGUCUCUACACGCCGAUUGGAGUCCAAUGUGAAUGUCCCAUGGGAUUAGAACUUACUAAAGAUAAUAAGACAUGCGUUGUUCCGGAAGCGUUCCUUCUAUUUUCUCGCCUGAAAAGUAUUCGUCGCAUAUCAAUUGACACGACCAAUGGCGACAAACCAAUACCCAUACCUGGCAUUAUUGACGCGAAUGCGGUCGAUUUUCACAUCAACUACAGCAGGAUAUUCUGGACCGACAUGGAAUCAAAUAAAAUAAAUCGAGCAUUUUUAAAUGGCAGUCAAUCGGAGGUGGUUGUGGAUGUUGGCAUAUCAUAUCCCGAUGGUUUAGCUGUUGAUUGGGUGGCAGACAACAUCUACUGGACGGAUACGUUCUUUGCGCGAAUCGAAUGCGCGCGACUAGAUGGAGCGCACAGAAAAACAUUGAUUUGGAAGAAUUUGACUGAACCGCAUUCGUUAGCGUUAGACCCUGGCAAUGGACACAUGUAUUGGACAGAAUGGCUACAGUCAUCUUCUGCGGCUGCCAUACUUCGUGCAAAUAUGGAUGGAAGUAAUAUGACUAUCCUUAUCACCAAUCGUACUGACAUGGCUCGGCCGAAAGCGUUGGUCAUCGAUUUCUUUGAGAAUAUGAUUUAUUGGACAGAAGAACAUCACAAUCAUAUUUUACGGGCAAGAAUUGAUGGUUCUGGUCUUGAGAAGGUUGUUCAUCAUUAUCUUCCGCAUCCCAACUGUUUAACACAAUAUAAAGACUUCAUUUACUGGGGAGACCAACAGGAAGGCACCAUUACCAGAGCUAGUAAAUAUAACGGCGGAAACCGAACUACCAUCGAGGGUAAUGUAGAGUACAUAAUGGAUAUGAAGGUAUUUCAUGAUAGUCGGCAGGUUGGUUGGAAUGAUUGUGGAAAUGAAAAUGGCGGAUGUAGCCAUCUUUGUUUGGCUGUAUCAAAUGGAAAAUACACCUGCGCAUGCCCAAACCAUUACACAUUGGAUGAAAAGAACAAAAAAACGUGUAUCAGUCCUCAGCUUUUUCUACUCUACAGCGAUGGUAAUACAAUACGCAGACAAACUAUAGAUCACGUCGACAAUUUUGACGUUUACCUCCCGUUAAAUAUACAACAUAAAGUACGUGCGUUGGAGUACGACCCAAGGACUGACAUGGUAUACUGGAUAUCAGUAUAUGAUGAUCACGCGUCAAUUUACAGAAGUUCUCCAAAUGGUUCACAUGCAGAGAAAAUUCCCACCUCGAGUAAUGACGAAGUAUUGACUUCGCCACUGGACAUUGCUUUAGAUCCGUAUGGUAAACAGUUGUACUGGACGGAUGAUAUUUCGAAAUCAAUCAAAGUCACCAGUCUAACGAGUGGUGCCAUUGGUACAAUAGUAGACGAUGAAGAAAGUAAUCCAAAGUCUAUUGCCUUGGAUCCGAAAAGAGGAUAUAUGUAUUGGACAAACUUCACAGAUAAAACAGCAAGCAUCGAGAGAGCAAGAAUAGACGGUGUUCGAGAUCCUGACAAGCCUCUUUAUAUUAAAGAUCGUAACAAAGUUCAACUUGAAGCUCUGGUUGUUGAUCCUAAUGGGGAGUAUCUUUUUUUUGUCGAAGAGAUAAAACAGAAGUUCAUCAGACUUUCUUUGAAAGAUUUAACGGAAGAAGAGCUUGACGUGAGCAAUCUAAUAAAAGUGCACAGUCUUGCGGUGUAUGCAAAUUUCUUAUACUGGGUGGAUUCAGGUUCUGGUAAACUGAAACGUGUGAAUAAGAUGACUGGUCAAGAUCAAGAACUUAUUCAAGGCGGCAUUAAGGAACCUGUUGAUGUUAUGGUUGUUGAUAAAUAUUCGUUCGAUGACAAUCAUCCAUGUUUGAAGAGCAAGAGUGUUUGCAGUAAUCUUUGUUUUGCAAGUCAAGAUAAACCUGUCUGUUCUUGUCCGAAGUAUUUAGUGCUCGGAGAAAACAAACGAACAUGCCAAUUUCCCCCAACGUGUGGUCCAAAUCAGUUCAGUUGUAAGAAUGGUGAGUGUGUACAUAUGGCGUGGAGAUGUGAUGGUGCACAUGAGUGCGAGGACCAAUCUGAUGAGAUGAAUUGUCCUCCAUGUAAAAAAGAUGAAUUUCAGUGUAAAAAUAAACAAUGUGUCCCAUUAAAAAACCGAUGUGAUGGCGCACCAAGAUGUAACGAUGAAUCUGAUUCGUGCGGCUUGAACUGUGCGGAAGGUAGCUUUGUCUGUUCCGACGGGAAAUGUCUUCCUCCUACGUGGAAAUGCGAUGGUUUGGAAGAUUGCUCUGAUGGCAAGGAUGAAGAUGCUAAAGCAUGUGCUAAUGCCAACAAUGGAGCCAGUAACAAUGGCACCAGGCUUCCUACACAGAGUAGAGAUAUGAGUGGAUCUUCUCAUCGUGAUAAGAUUGUGAUCGUGUUCACUUGUGUCGCCGCCAUUAUCUUCGUUUUGAUAAUAUUGUUUUUCUUAAAACGAGCCAAACUAAAGCAGGAAAACCCGUAUAUGCCACCGCUAGUCCAAACAACAACCUGUCAUGAGUCAUCGUAUAACGGAGAUUCUGAUGGCACUCAUUGUUACUCAAAAAGAUUAAAUGUUACAGUUAACGCUUCGAUAUCUUUGACCAGUAACCCCACGGACACCGGAGAUACCUUCUAUAACCGUGAUAAUCUUACUGGUCAAUCUCAGUCGGCAAUUGGUCAAACUUACCAGCAUUCACUUUCAAAUCCUCCACCAUCACCAGUGACAGAUCGUUCACAUUUCACAUCUGUCUCAGGGAAGUACUACAAUACUCCUUCACCGUCAACAUGUGAACUACACAUGUAUCAUAGACCUUCUAUGCCGAACUAUACCACACCAGCAACGACAGAUGUUGAAUCAUCUGUUUCAAAAUAUAUCAAUUAUGAACGUAAACAGACCUCUAGUGCAUAUUCGUCAGUCUCUGAUGAAGACUUUGAACUCGAAGAGGAUCUUUAUGCUCCUCCUCCCACUAUAUGCACGAACUAUUUCUCAGAGGGGUUACACUUCUCGGAUGAUGGAGGUCCCCCACCAUCCCCGAGCAGUGAGGUGGGGUUCAUACAUGAACCGGAUCCUCCACCGCCAUCACCCGUUACAGAUAGUCCCUCAAUGGCGUAGCCUUAAUUUAUACGAGGAGAUAACGGAUGGAAGAAGGUCGUCAAGAGACUGGUAACAGAAGCUCCAGAGAUAGUAUAGUGUCAAAUCAACAUCUAAAGAUGUUUGCUGAGUUGCCGUGGGGCGUGGAUCCAAGUUGACCGCAUAACAGAGUCCGAAGUCAAUAUAUUGAAUAUUUUAAUAUGAAAGAUAACUUGUAUAUAAGUAAGAAUAUGUAUAUAUAACCUUUACAGAUUAACGUGUAGAAAUCUGUAUUUUUAUCAUUUUUAUAUAGAAAACUACACUAGGUUCGUGCUACGAGCCCAGACCAGAUAUAAUAUAUAUAUAUAUAGAUAUAUGAAAUAGACAUACAUAUAG